UCUCGUCUCUCGGUUGGGCGCAGUGCUGCCUGGCGAACGGAACGAUCCACUGCUCUGCUCCUGCCGCCGCCGCCUCCUGCCACCGUGUGUAGACUCCUUGACUUAUAGCGCGCGCGAGCCGCGGAUGAGGGAUAGGACAGGAGUCAUUCGAUUUUUCGGCCCGACGGAUGUGUGGGAUUGAGACGAUAGACAGUGCUGAGAUUCGAAUUUUCGAGCGUCGUCCUUGUGCUGCAUUGGCGAAACAUUUGCGUUUGUGGUGAUUUUUUUUUGUUCCUCGAGAUCGGCCAACUGUGAACCCACACGAUAUAAGGACGCAGACAUGGAGACCGUGAGGAAGAGUCAAAUUUUCAAAUCAUUCAUCGUUGUGUGGAUGUUGGCGGCGCUCUCGACAAGGUCACGGGCCGCGAACGCAGAGAACGCCGACUUGGAGUCAACAGCCGAGGAAUCGUCGGUGGAGGACGCGACGGAGGACUACUGGACCGGAAGCGGCUCCGGCCCCGACGAGGACGACGCCGCCACCCGCAACGACACACGAGAGGCUCUCGCUCACGAGGCCAGCGAUCACGAGGCCGUGGUGUACGUGGGCGACGGAUCGUCCGGAGCCUCCUACGUUCCGGUUCCUUCGCUCAAGAAUCGGCCCCUGAGCCCGAAUCUUCAGGCGCUCCAGACGCUCCAGGGUCUGCAGGGACUGGCCGGUACCGGGCCGGCUGUUGCCGCUGGGACUGGUAUCGCCAGCGAGGAAGACUGGAGGAGGCAUCCCGAGUCCUGGGACCGUGAGCACAGGCGCUACAGGCCCAACACCACCAGGGUUCAACAUAUCGAGGCCGAAUGCCAGGAUGACUAUAUGAAAAUCCGCAUCGGCUUCAAUGGAUCUUUCAACGGCUUGUUAUACUCAGCGGGUUACUCCUACGACCCGGACUGCAUGUACGUUAACGGGACGGGCCGGGACUACUACGAAUUCUUCAUCCAGCUGAACCGAUGCGGUACUCUGGGUGAGAACACGCAUCAUCAGGACAGUAGGAAAAAUCCCACGAAAAAUCUCAUGUGGAACACCGUUACCGUGCAGUACAACCCGCUGAUCGAGGAGGAGUUCGACGAGCACUUCAAGGUCACCUGCGAGUACGGCUACGACUUUUGGAAGACCGUGACCUUUCCCUUUCUCGACGUCGAAGUCGCGACGGGCAAUCCCGUAGUGUUCACCUUGCAGCCGCCCGAGUGCUACAUGGAGAUCAGGUACGGCUACGGGACGACAGGUACCAGAGUCGCCGGACCAGUUCGAGUCGGGGACCCGCUCACGCUGAUAAUCUACAUGCGCAGCAAAUACGCAGACGGCUUCGACAUCGUGGUGAACGACUGCUACGCGCACAACGGCGGUAACAAGCGCAUCCAGUUGAUCGAUCAGUACGGCUGCCCAGUCGACGACAAGCUGAUCAGCCGAUUCCGGGGCUCCUGGUCGGAGAGCGGACUCUUCGAGACCCAGGUCUUCGCCUACAUGAAGACCUUCAGGUUCACCGGCUCCCCGGCACUCUACAUCGAGUGCGACGUCCGCAUGUGCCACGGACGAUGUCCGAGUCAACCCUGUCACUGGAGAAACGCCAAGACCGUGGCGAAGCGAUCCGUCACGGAUGCGAUCGAGGGCCCCUCGACAGCAGCGACCACUUUGUCCGAGAACGUCAACCUCUUCCAGUCGCUCAGAGUCCUGCAGGAGGGCGAGGCCGACACCGAGCUCUUCCAGAACGUCACGACGCCUUCGCGCAGCAGUACCAACGAUCCCAACGCCGACCGCGUCUGCCUUCGCCCGACCCUCGUGAGCACGAUCGUGGGCCUGGGCUGCGGUAUCCUCUGCAUAAUGGCAGGUACGAUGCUCGCCAUGUGCUCUCGUAUGCGGCGGGUCGCGCGGGAAAAGCUCCUGUCCGACAGCAUAAGCUACAUGACCCACAAGGGCCGGAUCAACUAGGGAACGACGACGAUGUCAUCGCUUUCUUCGCACACACGCACUAUCACACACUCGAAGCCAUUAUCAUUAUCAUCCAGGUGUGCAGCUUAGUCCGCCAGACGCUCCUCAACUCGCCGAUCUGAUGUACUCUUUUUUUUGCGUCGAAAUUCGCCAUUGCUCUCUAGAAAAUGAUGUUUUCCUCUGAAUUCGGAGGAACGCGAAAUUUAAAGACUCUUUGAGUGAUCAUAUGUAAUUCGAUGAAGGAUCGGCUGAUUAAAACGCAAACAUAUACUAAAACACGAUCGGCAGUUCAGCUCUGCCGAUCGUACAAGCUAUCUCAUUUAUUCGAAUAAUUAACGAAAAGUAAAACGGUCGACGUUAUCUCGAACAAUGCCUAUCCGAGAUGACGGAGGCCGAGAAAACUUAGGUUUUGCCGUAUCGUAGCUUAGUUUUAAGACGGCGCAUUAAGCGCGCCUUUAAUGAUUAAACUGUAGACUGAAAAGAGAAAUAUAAUGUUUCGUCGAAUUCUCGCAAGAACUCUCGCGAGACUGAGAUGAAAACUGUUUGUUCGUGCAGCAAAACGAAAUGACAAUAAAAAGUAGAGAAGGGUAAGUCGAUGUAGUGCAAGAAAAUUCGAAGUAUUUUCAUACGUUUGUAGGUAUAGCCUGAAUUGGAUGAUCGAAAAAAUCGUUUCUUUGGCAGCUGCAAAAUUUUCAAACUCCUAGCUGGUUGUUCGCUACAUUCUGGAUUUCAAAAGGCUGAAAUUAUCAAACAGAACAUCAAAAAAUGUUCGACUUGAUCAGAUAAACCAGAGGGAGUUAAGAAUCGUAUAAAAGUGCUAUAUGUAUUGCUGCAGUGCAUUAACUCUUUUAUGUUAAACAUUAACAAGACACUUCAAUUACACUAUAAGAAUUAUGUCAUAGUACUUAAAGAAUCCGUACCGUAAGCAUUAUUAAUGUAAUCCACCGUUAUUCGGCAUAUUCAGAAGCAAUUUGUUCGCAAUUUGUUGUUGAAAGACAGAUUUCAUGAACGAUCAGUCGAUUGUAACUGUAUAAUGAAUUGCCUUCCAACAUGAUUAUUCGUUACUGGUUCAUGAAUUUCUCCUGGAUACGAUAUCUGAUUGCAAAUCCAAAAUUUCUUGCCAAAAUAACACUUUGAACAACGGAGUUUGAUAUUGUGAACUUGCGUUUGCUCUACUUAAACGUUCAACGAUUCUGAAUGUUCUCGAAUAAUAUGAUUAAGCAAUAUAAUUGAUCUUAAUUAUAUAGAUAACUAUUAUACUGCAUGUAUAACAUAAUAUCAAUUAACCAUAGAUUAAAUUUUGCGUCUUCUAAUUUAAAUAUUGGAAAUCAUUUCGUAGGUACGGCUAGCGAGGAUUAAAUAAUAUUUUUGUAGCGUGAAAAUUUUGUUCACCCGAAAUUCCCAUCGAUAUAGUGUUACUAGUGUUAUUAGUCUAGUACACGUUAACUACAAUAGAAAAGUCAUCAUCGUUUUCCCCCAAAUAAAAGAUUUCCUUAAAUUGCAUAAUGAGCUUUUUAAAAGCUAGUCUCUUGUAAGAUACAUUGGUACGGAUGUAAUAGGCGUGCAAAAUAUUAGUUUCCCCUCCUGGUCGUGCUAGAAUAAAUAAUUAAUUCUUGCAUAUUUAAUUGAAAAUGAAACUUGGGUUACAACGUAUUAGUAUCCCUGUGUUUGAUGAACUACUUGUAAAUACAGUGUAUGAUGUUUAGUAAUAGUAUUAUAAACACUUAAGUCGAAUGUAUCGAGGUUUUCAAUAAAUACUGUAGAAC